GAAGAUGGCGGCUCCCUUAACACUUGUUCUGAUUGUGGCUGUAACGAUCAGAGCAGCAUUGUUUAGAUCGAGUCUAGCUGAAAUAAUUUCGGAGAGGGUUGAAGUGGUAUCGCCGUUAAAUGCCUGGAAACGAGUUGUGGAAGGCCUUGCCUUGCUGGAUCUGGGUGUGUCACCCUAUUCAGGAGAUGUGUUUCACGAGACACCACUCAUCAUAUACCUCUUUCACUUUGUCAUCGACUAUGUAGAAAUAGUAUAUAUGUUAGCAGAUUGUAUCACUGCAGUGGCACUCUACUUGGCGGUACAACACUACAAUAAGAAUGUGUUCAGAAAACAGAAGACUACAUUGGAAUUUGACAAAUACCCACACGACUGUCUGGAACUCAUGCGGACCCCUAAAGAGAUGUUCUACAUCCCUCUGAAAGUGGCAAUGUUCUAUCUGUGGAACCCUUUCACUAUUCUCUCCUGUGUUGCAAAAUCAACGUGUGGGCUCAACAAUGCGGUCAUCGCACUCUUUAUACUGAGUACCAUAAAAGGAAGUGCCUUGUUGAGUGCAAUAUUUUUAGCCCUGGCAACAUACCAAUCCAUCUACCCCCUCACCUUGUUUGCCCCUGCGCUAAUUUACCUGCUCCAGAGACAGUACAUCCCAGUGAACUUUCGCAACACCAGGUUUUGGCUGUUAGCCUCGCAGUAUGCAUUCAUGUACUUUGGGAGCCUGUUGGUCAUUGUCUGCCUCUCGUUCUUCUUGCUCAGCUCUUGGGAUUUUAUUCCCUCGGUAUAUGGCUUCAUACUGUCCGUGCCAGACCUCACCCCAAACAUCGGUCUCUUCUGGUAUUUCUUUGCCGAGAUGUUUGAGCACUUUCGCCUUUUCUUCAUCUGCGUGUUCCAGAUCAACGUAUUCUUUUACUCUAUUCCUCUGUCCAUAAAGCUAAAGGAGCAUCCAGUGUUUCUCAUGUUCAUGCAAAUAGCCGUCAUCUCCAUUUUCAAGUCCUAUCCCACGGUGGGAGACAUUGCGCUGUACAUGGCCUUUCUGCCGGUGUGGAACCACCUGUACAGAUUCCUUAGGAACAUCUUCCUAGUGUGCUGUGUGCUGCUUGCCUGUUCGGCCCUCUUCCCUGUUCUGUGGCAUCUGUGGAUUUACGCUGGCAGCGCCAACUCCAACUUCUACUAUGCCAUCACUCUGCUCUUUAACGUGGCACAGAUUCUGCUGGUGUCUGAUUACUUCUACGCUUACCUGCGACGGGAGCAUCACCUGAAACACGGCCUGUACCUGAAGAGGAAAGAUGGCGGCGAGGCCACCCUGGUGCUUAAGUAGCCCUCACUUUAGGACCGCGGGGAAAACAGUUGGACUCAAACAGGCUUUCGCCUGUGUCUCUGGGGAAGGUUUUUUUUCUCACUCCUUUUUGUGUUUUCUCUGUAGUUUCUUUUUCUCCCCCUCAUGCCGAAGUAUCCUCACAUGGACCAAAGCUUCUGUGAAGAUAGUCUCUGCAGGAUUAUCGUGUGAAGGACUCGAAGCUGCGGAUUGAUGCCAUUGUGCCUUGGUCCGUGCUUCAAAACAAGAAAAGGAAAAAAGUCUGGAAUGUUUGAGAUGCCUCUAAGCUGUGUGGUCGACUGCUGGUUGUUUGCUUCCUUUUUGUUGUGUUUGUCUUGCUUUCUUAUGAGAAAAACUGAAGUCCUCGCUGCAGUUCCCAUAUUGUCCAGUGGAGGGAGCUAUGUGAACACUGAAAUGACACUUGGCGUCGGAAACGAGAUAUGUGUGCCACGUACUUGAAUGACGCUGCGUAAUCUCACCUAAUGUACUCACCAUGGUUACAGACAUCAAACCCUGCCGUGGUGAUAAUGGCUCACACUUUGUGGAGCUUUUGAUAAGGGACUUGGAUUCAUGCAUGCACUGUUUGUGAAUGUUCUCAUAGCUAUGAGGUUGAAUGGGAAAAUGUUAGAGAUCGCUAGGUCUAGAUUCAGAUGUUUGGUUUUCACAUUAGCUUAUUAUAUAUAUAGAUCAUAACCAUUGUACUCUGCUUAUCUGAAUGUGGGCAAUACCCUCUGAUGCCAUGUAGUGUUGCUGAAUGUUAAUUUUUAUCCUCGAACAUUCACUAGCAUUGGUUAAUAUGUUUUUUUUUUCUGAUCUGUAUGUCACAUGCACUGAUUUGUUUUUGUAACCAAGUGAAAUUGUUGACAUCUCUGCACACUGCUGGUGAGCUUGCCUGACGGGAAUGAUGACUGCUGAGUGACUCCAGCCUCCGGGCAGCUGAAAGUGGACAUGAAUCUGGAGCACCAGGUGCUGCAGCCCUCUUUAGCUAUGUGACCUCAUGUUGUCAAUGAAGAGAUGAGUCUGCCCAGUCCGGGUCGCACAAGACCUCCACAGGCUUGGUGUUGGAAUUUUCCAUCUUCCUGUGUGUGUGUGUGUGUGUGUGUGUGAGAGAGAGGGGGGGGGAGGG